GUAGGCUGCCAGCUCCCAGGCUGGCGACAGAUUGUGCAGGAAUGCGAGGAAUGCACCAGGGGCAGAGUCCGCACGGCCCGACGAGGCUGCACUAGCGCCUUCCUGGCCCAGCUCUCGGCUGCGCAGACAGAGGUCACCGGAGCAUCUUCCGAGCUAAGCUGGAGGAAUGCCCGCUCCUCAGCAGGCGUCAGUGGUGGAGGAGGGACAAACACAGACCCACCAGGAAGCUGCCUCUUCUGGCCCAGGCAUGGAACCCGAGACCACAGCCACCACUAUUCUAGCUUCUGUGAAGGAGCAGGAGCUUCAGUUUCAACGACUUACUCGAGAACUGGAAGUGGAAAGGCAGAUUGUUGCCAGUCAGCUAGAAAGAUGUAGGCUUGGAGCAGAAUCACCAAGCAUCGCCAGCACCAGCUCAACUGAGAAGUCAUUUCCUUGGAGAUCAACAGAUGUGCCAAAUACUGGUAUAAGCAAACCUAGAGUUUCUGAUGCUGGCCAUCCCAACAACUAUCUCAUCAGGACAGAGCCAGAUCAAGGGACCCUCUAUUCACCAGAACAGACAUCUCUUCAUGAAAGUGAGGGGUCAUUGGGUAAUUCAAGAAGUUCAACACAAAUGAAUUCAUAUUCUGACAGUGGGUACCAAGAAGCAGGGAGUUUCCACAACAACCAGACUUUGAGCAAGGCAGAUAAUAGACAACAGCAUUCAUUCAUAGGAUCAACUAAUAAUCACUUGGUGAGGAAUUCAAGAGCUGAAGGACAAACACUAGUUCAGCCAUCAGUAGCCAAUCGGGCCAUGAGAAGAGUUAGUUCAGUUCCAUCUAGAGCACAGUCUCCUUCUUAUGUUAUCAGCACAGGCGUGUCUCCUUCUCGGGGGUCACUGAGAACUUCUAUGGGUAGUGGCUUUGGCUCUCCGUCAGUGACCGACCCCCGGCCUCUGAACCCCGGUGCGUACUCCUCCACCACGCUGCCUGCUCCAAGGGCGGCCUCACCCUACUCGCAGAGACCCGCCUCCCCGACCGCUGUGCGUAGGAUCGGGUCGGUCACCUCCCGGCAGACCUCCAAUCCCAACGGACCAGCCCCUCAGUACCAAACCGCUGGCAGGGUGGGGUCCCCGCUGACCCUGACGGAUGUACAGACUCGAGUCGCUUCCCCAUCCCAAGGCCAGGUGGGGUCGUCGUCCCCCAAACGCGCGACCAUGACCGCCGUCCCGCAGCAUCUGGGACCCUCCCUGCCACGGACUGUUCACGACUCAGAGCCAUUUGCACAGCAGCCGUACGAGAUCUACGAGAGGAUGGUCCCUCCGCGGCCGGACAGCCUGACUGGUUCUCAAGAAUCUUUGUUUCCUGUGAUUCACCUGACCAUUUAUGCAGAUUGCUUACGGAGUUCGUAUGCUAGUCAGCACAGUCAGCUUGGGCAAGACCUUCGUUCAGCUGUGUCUCCAGACUUGCACAUCACUCCUAUCUAUGAGGGGAGGACCUACUACAGCCCAGUGUACCGCAGCCCAAACCAUGGAACUGUGGAGCUCCAGGGAUCACAGACAGCACUGUACCGCACAGGCUCAGGUAUUGGAAAUCUGCAAAGGACAUCCAGCCAACGGAGUACUCUUACAUACCAAAGAAAUAAUUAUGCCCUGAACACAACAGCUACCUACGCGGAGCCCUACAGGCCAAUACAAUACCGCGUCCAAGAGUGCAAUUACAACAGGCUUCCCCACUCUGCGCCUGCUGAUGAUGGCACAACGAGAUCUCCAUCAAUAGACAGCAUUCAGAAAGACCCCAGGGAGUUCGCCUGGCGUGAUCCGGAGUUACCUGAAGUCAUCCACAUGCUGCAGCACCAAUUCCCGUCCGUGCAGGCCAAUGCGGCGGCCUACCUGCAGCACCUGUGCUUUGGGGACAACAAAGUGAAGAUGGAGGUUUAUAGACUAGGGGGAAUCAAGCAUCUGGUUGACCUUUUGGACCACAGAGUUUUGGAAGUUCAGAAGAAUGCUUGUGGUGCCCUCCGAAACCUUGUUUUUGGCAAGUCUACAGAUGAAAAUAAAAUAGCGAUGAAGAAUGUUGGUGGGAUACCUGCCUUGCUGCGACUAUUGAGAAAAUCUAUUGAUGCCGAAGUCAGGGAACUUGUUACAGGAGUUCUUUGGAAUUUAUCUUCAUGUGAUGCCGUAAAGAUGACAAUCAUUCGUGAUGCUCUCUCACCCUUAACCAACACUGUGAUUGUUCCACAUUCUGGGUGGAAUAACUCUUCUUUUGAUGAUGAUCAUAAGAUUAAAUUUCAGACUUCACUAGUUCUGCGUAACACAACAGGCUGCCUGAGGAACCUCAGCUCUGCAGGGGAGGAAGCACGGAAACAAAUGCGAUCCUGUGAGGGGCUGGUGGACUCGCUGCUGUAUGUGAUCCACACGUGCGUGAACACAUCUGACUACGACAGCAAGACGGUGGAGAACUGUGUGUGCACCCUGAGGAACCUGUCCUAUCGGCUGGAGCUCGAGGUCCCUCAAGCGCGGCUACUCGGGCUGAACGAGCUCGAUGACUUGCUAGGGAAAGAAUCUCCCAGCAAAGACUCCGAGCCAAGCUGCUGGGGGAAGAAGAAGAAAAAGAAAAAGAGGAUGCCACAAGAGGAUCAGUGGGAUGGAGUUGGCCCUAUUCCAGGACUGUCAAAGUCUCCCAAGGGAGUUGAAAUGCUAUGGCAUCCUUCAGUGGUAAAACCAUAUCUGACUCUUCUAGCAGAAAGUUCCAACCCAGCCACCUUGGAAGGCUCUGCUGGAUCUCUCCAGAACCUCUCUGCUGGCAACUGGAAGUUUGCAGCAUACAUCCGGGCAGCUGUCCGAAAGGAAAAAGGGCUCCCCAUCCUUGUAGAGCUUCUGAGGAUGGAUAAUGAUAGAGUGGUCUCUUCUGUGGCGACUGCCCUGAGGAAUAUGGCACUGGACGUUCGCAACAAGGAACUUAUAGGUAAAUAUGCAAUGCGAGACCUGGUCAACCGGCUUCCAGGCGGCAACGGCCCCAGCAUACUGUCAGACGAGACCAUGGCGGCCAUCUGCUGUGCCCUGCACGAGGUCACCAGCAAAAACAUGGAGAAUGCCAAGGCCCUGGCCGACUCAGGAGGCAUCGAGAAGCUGGUGAACAUCACCAAAGGCAGGGGGGACAGGUCAUCCCUGAAAGUGGUGAAGGCAGCAGCACAGGUCUUGAAUACAUUGUGGCAAUAUCGGGACCUCCGGAGCAUUUACAGAAAGGAUGGGUGGAACCAGAACCAUUUUAUUACACCUGUGUCAACGUUAGAGCGAGACCGAUUCAAAUCACAUCCUUCCUUGUCCACCACCAACCAACAAAUGUCACCCAUCCUUCAGUCAGUUGGCAGCACCUCUUCCUCACCAGCACUGUUAGGAAUCAGAGACCGCUCUGAGUACGAUAGGACCCAGCCACCUAUGCAGUAUUACAAUAGCCAAGGGGAUGCCACACACAAAGGCCUGUACCCUGGCUCCAGCAAACCUUCACCAAUUUACAUCAGUUCCUAUUCCUCACCAGCAAGAGAACAAAAUAGACGGCUACAGCAUCAACAACUAUAUUAUAGUCAAGAUGACUCCAACAGAAAGAAUUUUGAUGCUUACAGAUUGUAUUUGCAGUCUCCUCAUAGCUAUGAAGAUCCUUAUUUUGAUGACCGAGUUCACUUUCCAGCUUCUACUGAUUACUCAACACAGUAUGGACUGAAAUCAACCACAAAUUAUGUAGACUUUUAUUCCACUAAACGACCUUCUUAUAGAGCAGAACAGUACCCAGGGUCCCCAGACUCGUGGGUGUAGCAUUGAGACACUGGGCAGAGGAACUCUUUCUUUCUAAUCUUGUUUGGAUUGAGGUGAAAAGUCCAUCUUGCUGAUUUGAUGAUGAAAUAUGAAAGUGAAAUGGAAGGAAUGAGUGAAGAGUAUAUUUUAUUUUCUUUUGAGGAAUUUUCAGGGAAGUGAGGAAAUCCGUGGGAGAGGACUUUCUAAGCUUUAUCUAGGUGUUAGAUCUAACUACUUGUAGGUUCUAUAGUCUUGGUGAAGGUGUGGGUGAUGUGACGAGAGGUUUGAGAAAUGGGUGAAAUGAGACGGGGUAUGUGUAGGUCAAAUCAAAUUCAAGAGAUGAUUUUUUUAAUGUGAAUAAAGUUAUGUUCUGAUAGUUUGUACAGAAAAAAAUGGAUGCCCUUCAUGUUUUAUUGCUAUUACUAAAUGUCAAGAUUGUAUGCUAUUAUGUCCUGUAAAUUUCUUUUGUUGGUGUAAAUAUGGAAAUGCCACAUUGGUUAAGUGCCAUCAUUUGUAAUGCAGUGUGUCAUUUGAAAAGAGAGUUGAAGAAAGUGACAGCUUACAACCAAAUGGGUAUCUCAAGGAAUGGCUAACAGUUUCAAACAACGUGGACACCUUUGUUUUCACAAUGAAUAGUGAACUUUGGAAGCACAAUGUCCAGCCUGGUAUCGCAGCGCCAUGCCCAUUCCCUGCCUCUUUCAUAGGACACGUCACUGCCAUUUUCUAUGCACAUGAAAGAAAAAUAAAUGUGGAAAUUUCAUCCUU